AUGGCUGAAUUGACAAGUAAGAUAUUUAAUUACAAGCAAGAAGAUUUUAUUUUUGAAAUAAAAGAACCUGGAGAGUCAGAAUUUGAUAGAUUAUUAAUUGAAAAGUGGAAACAUGCGGAGGAUAAUAAUAUUUUGAGGUAUAAAUUGGUGAUUAAUAAAGAAAAACGUCUCAGUGGGAAAUAUAAUUUUUUAAUGCAGUUAAACCUCGACCGAGCGCAAAAUCGUCGUACUCCAGAAAAUAUAACAUCAAUAAAGCAGCCAUUUGAUCCAACCCGUUUUAACUUCACAAAAAUUCCCGAAGAAGAAAUAAUAAUCGACUUAUCAAACGGCCAGGGUAACGAUGUGAUAGCCGUAAAUGUAAGCCCGUUUGCCUACGGCCAUGUAUUAUUUUUAUCUGACCGCUUAAAAUGUUUGCCUCAAGUUUUAACCAAGCGAAGCUUGGCUCAAAUUAUCCAGCUAUUUCUUCUCAGCAGAUCUCCACAUUUGCGAGCUGUUUUCAAUGGACUAUGCGCGUACGCAUCAGUGAACCAUCUUCACUGGCAUUUUUAUUACCUGAAACAUGAAAUGUUACUUGAAGAAAUUGAACUAGAAUGUCUGACAAAUCAAGUUUACAUCCUAAAAGACUACCCAGCUCGCGGAUUCUGCUUAAAACUUUCAUCAUUUCCUGACAAAAACUUGGAAAAUUUUGUGACCAAGAUAUUUUUUAUCAUGGAGUGGCUGCAGAAUAAUGAAGUUGCUCACAAUAUUGCGAUAACUCGCGCUAAAUCUCCAGGACAAACUUUUUAUGAUGACGUUAGAGUUUAUAUCUGGGCUACAAAAAUCAGCACCGGGAUCAAAGACACUAGCGCAUUUGUUCCUGCUGUUUCUGAGUCUUUUGGACUUUUAUGCAUAAGAAACCAAGAAGCUUAUGAAACUUUAACAGAAGAAGAAGUUAUAAAGUGCCUAGAAGAAGUUACCGAGCCCUUUCACGCACUUUGUCCGAAAUUAAAAGCUCUUUUAAAUUAA